CUAUUUUUGGUCAGUUUAAGUUGGUGUUAGUUUGCGGACGUACCAUUGAUUUUAAAUGAUUUUCUAAAAUCAUUAAAUCAUGAAACUCCAAAAUACGUAUAUUUUCAGUUUAUUAUUUAUUCUUAUACGGUUUACCGAAGCCGAGCCGCUUGAGGGACCCAUGGACGUGAUAGUGAUAGGCGCGGGCGCGGCGGGCCUCGCUGCCAUGAGGCGGCUGGUGGAGGCAGGCCUGAGGGUUGUCUGCCUGGAGGCAGCCGACAGGAUCGGAGGGAAGGUCAAUACUGUGCCCUUCGCUGGGCAUGUGGUUGACUUGGGCGCUCAGGAAUGCGAAGGCCAAAAAGGAAACAUCGUGGUGGAAAUGGCUAAACCUCUCGGUUUGCUAGAAGACCUCAAACAACCUGAAACCUAUACUUUUCUAUCAAACGGAAAUAGUCUUCAAAACGAAGUCGUUGCUUCGUUUAAUGAAAAAAUACAAAGAUUUAUUGAUGAAGCUAAAAAGAACAAUACUAAGUCAAUAGCUGAUGUAGUAGAAGAAGCUUUCAAAAGCGAAACCUUCAACCAAGAGCUAGCACUGAACAAGUCCCUUCUAGAAUGGUUCGAGAGAUCUCACGAGUUAGGUGGCCAUAGUGACCCGAAACUCGGCAAAUCUUUGCAUGGAGUGGAAGAGAGGAAGUACUGUGAUGGCACGUAUCAGAUGUGGAAAGGAAAGGGUAUGGGGACCAUCUUGGAUCUUUUAAUGAAUAAAUACCCCGACCCGUCGAAGGCAUUAGCGAUUGAUAUUGAAAUGAAGAAGGAAGUGGAUGUUAUAAACUGGAAUACAGAGUCGAAGCUGGUUCACAUCACUUGCAAAGAUGGCAGCAGCUACGAAGCUAGGAGUGUGAUUAGCACUGUGUCGGUGGGAUAUCUGAAGGAAAGAUACCCAGUGCUCUUCACUCCUCCGCUUCCAAAAGAAAAGAUUGAUGCGAUCAACAAUCUGGACAUGUUUCUAAUCGACAAAAUCUUUAUGGAGUUUCCGGAACCAUGGUGGCCAAAAACUCCCGCCAAAUUUCAGCUAAUAUGGCGACCGGAAUACAAAGUAAAUUUCACAGAGGAAGAGAAAUGGAUAACCCAAGUAUAUAGCAUGGACACUGUGGAUCAUAAUCCUAAUGUGCUGGUUGGUUGGAUCAAUGAUGAUGGAGCUAAAUUAAUGGAAAAAACUAGCGAAGAGAAUGUGAAGAAAGGAAUGGAUAAACUAUUGAGCUUGUUGUUUAAAGACAAGUUUGAUGUUGAACCGAUUCAAACAUUAUUAAGAACUAAAUGGCAAACCAAUCGUUUCGAAAGAGGAGCUUAUUCUUAUCGCUCAGUCUACACGGAAGAAAAUGGUGGAAGUGCUGAAGCGUUGGGCCAGCCUAUAACGGAUGAUAAAGGAUUCCCACUCAUUUGUUUCGCUGGUGAAGCCACAUCACCACAUUACCAUGCGACUGUUCAUGGUGCUAUUGAAACAGGCUUCCGUGAAGCCGAAAGAGUGAUAAAAGCGUUCAAAUAGGUGUUUUGAAAAUAAAAAUAACGUUUCAAGAUUA